UCCUAUCCCCCAACCCAACGUCACCGAUCUUUCCACUUGCAGCAAAAUUCUCCACCACAACGAAAGCACACGAUUCUCUCUUCCACCUUCAUCGUCCUCGUCCAUGGAUGCCCUAAUUUCCCAUUUCACACUCCUCUCCGAUCAAGCCCUUACCGACAGAUCCUUCGACCCCUCCACCAUCGAAGAUCUCAUGCGCCUCUUCGAAAUCGAGUCCUACAAGGCUUGGGCUGCUCUCGAAGCCGAACAGCAACAGGAGCUCGACGACGCUGAGGAAUCUCUCCGCCAGGCCGAGGAUUGCCUCGAUCGGGAAAUGGAGAUGGCGAUGGAGGAGUACAGGAGGACGGUGGAGGAGAUGGAGAGGAUGGAGGCGGAGGAGCUGAGGGAGAUCGAGGAGAAGGCGGAGAGAGCACGGCGGGGCGGGAAUCUGAUGGAGAAGGCUGCAACGGCGGCGGCAAAGCGGUACAUGGCGGCGGCGAUGAACUCCGCCGCUGCGUCCAUGAGGUCUGCUUGGAAGGCUGCUUCCGGUAACAAGGUUCAUCCUUCUUGAUCGGUUUCGCAUAUAGCCGUAUAAAUAUGGUUUCUCUGGUGUAUAUGAUGAUGAUGAUGAUGAUGAUGAUGAUGAUGAUGAAUAAAGUGUAGUAGUUUCAUUGUAUUCGGAUGCUAUAAUGAUGGAUCAUGAGAGUAAAUGUAUUGCCUUACAAUUGCUCACAGACA